AUGGUCACCGAGAAGCAGCGCAAGAAGGCAUAUGAGGUCGAUUUCACAGUCUUUCCACUCUCAGAAAUAGUAGCCGCACAGGCCAAUGCCUCCAGCCAUGUGGCAGGCAUCCUCGGCGUUACUCAGGAGCAAGCCGCGGCGCUGUUGAGGAGCUUCAAGUGGAACAAGGAACGCCUAGUUGAGCGUUACAUGGAUCAUGAGCAAGAGAUCUUGGAUCAGGCCGGUGUGGUUUUGAACGAUACACAGACACGCGUUUUCAAACGACCUCCGGGAUUCGUUUGCAUGAUCUGCUUCGACGACAGCAACAGCGGCCCUGCUGUAGGAUUGCGAUGCCAACACAUCUUUUGCCAGGCCUGUUACGAUCACUAUCUAACUCAAAAGAUCGUCGAGGAGGGCGAAUGUCGAAAGAUCUUUUGCCCCGAAUCUGGAUGCGACGUAGUUGUCGAUGAAAAGACCAUCAAGACGGUGGUACAGCCAUCUGUAUUUGUCAAGUAUCGCCAACUGCAGGAUAGAGUUUAUGUUGAGGAUCUUGAUACUCUCAGAUGGUGUCCGGCCCCGGACUGCGAGAAUGCGGUCGAGUGUCGCCUUCCUCACUCAUCCUUUACAACAAUUGUGCCCACGGUCCAAUGUGCUUGCGGAUAUAAGUUUUGCUUCGGAUGUGGCAAUGGCGACCACCAGCCCGCGCCUUGCGGCCUGGUCAGGAUGUGGCAGAAAAAGUGCGCGGACGACUCUGAGACGGCCAACUGGAUCUCGGCGCAUACAAAAGAGUGCAGCAAAUGUCAGUCGACGAUUGAGAAAAACGGAGGAUGCAACCAUAUGACCUGCCGCAAGUGUAAAUACGAAUUCUGUUGGGUCUGCAUGGGACCAUGGUCGGAGCACGGCACGAGCUGGUACAACUGCAAUCGAUACGAGGAAUCGAGUAGUGCCGACGCUCGCGACCAACAAGCAAAGUCUCGCGCCUCGCUUGAACGAUACCUUCAUUACUAUAACCGCUUUGCCAACCACGAACACUCAGCCAAGUUGGAUCGAGACCUUUACAUGAAGACGGAGAAGAAGAUGGAGGAGAUGCAGCGGACAAGCGACCUGUCAUGGAUUGAAGUGCAGUUUCUCAAGAAGGCUGUGGACGUCUUGACAUCGUGCCGCAUGACUCUCCGCUGGACGUAUGCAUUUGCGUUCUACUUGGCCAGGAAUAACAUGACAGAGCUGUUCGAGGACAAUCAGCGUGACCUCGAAGUGGCAGUCGAGGCCUUGAGCGAGCUUUUAGAGAAGCCCAUUGAGCGGGAAAAGAUUGCAGAGUUGCGUCAGCAAGUCCUGGACAAGACCGUCUAUGUAGGCAGUCGUCGUGAGGUUGUCCUAGAGGAUACGGCCAAGGGUCUCGCGGAAGGUCGCUGGGAGUUCUUCGUCGAGUUUGGAAAGGUGUAG